UUGAUUUUUCUGUAACCGUAACAUGGUAUUACGUCAUCUCUGGUCAAAAGAUGGCAACAAAGUAGUGUUUAUGUCAGCCUAGUUCUGUUUUUAAGUAACGUAGAAACAAGAUGAAUCCGAAAUACGCGGAUCUCCCAGGAAUAGCUCAUGAUCAGCCAGAUGUAUACGAAACAAGUGAUCUGCCUGAAGCAGAACAAGGAAAUCUUUCAGUAUCUGAUGCCAUUGUUGACCAGUGUGAAAGUGUCGAGACACUUAAAGUCUCACCAAGUGAUGCUUAUAAUAAAUUUAAAGGGAAGACUGUAGAUGGAAGUAGUGUAGAUUUUACUGAUGGCGUUGGACAUCUUCGAAAAACUGGUUAUGAUAUUAGAUCUGGAGAGUGGGAAAUGACGGCAGAUCAUUCUGAAGAAAAGGAAACACCUCUACAGACAUAUAAUAGAAUUCAUUUUGAAGUGAAGCAACUAUUUGAAAAAGUAAAUGAGAUGAAAGAAUCUUCAGAAAAAGAAAGUGAGUCUAAUCAAACAUCUCCUGCUAUGCUUAUGCAGCAAAUAGAGCAGUUACAGAAAGAGUUGCAGAAUUUACAUAUGGAGAAAAUAUUAGGAUCUGAAGCCCUUGCUGAAAUGUCAGAUCCUUUAGGUGCCUUACACAAGAAACUUAUAACUCAGCUAGAAGCUUUCAAAACGAAACCAGUUUCUGACAAAAAGGCCAAAGCUUCACCUGCUUCUUCUGAGGAAGAAACCGUUAAAUAUGAAUUGUUUGUGCGUCCUGAUCAAACUAAGUUGAAACAAGAAGCCAAGCUUGCAAGUCUUGAACAACGUUUAAAAAACCUAGAAACUAUUAUUGGGCAAGAUAAGAAAAAAAUGUCAUUUCUGACUUCUAACACUGAUGACAAAAGUGUUACAGCUGCCAUCAGUUUACUCUCAUCAAAAUUAAAUUUGUUGGAUCCCAAUUACCUGGAACAGAUUGAAAGUCGAUUACUUGUUCUCCAUCAAUGCAUGGCACAAAUUUCAGAGAAGAAACAAGCUGUUGAAGAUGCUGAAAAGCAGAACAAAGUAGCUGAACUCUAUGAGCUUGCAAAGAAAGUUGAUGAAUUAAGUAGCAGUUUGCCUCAGGUGGUACAGAGAUUAGUCUCGUUAAAAGAUCUGCAUGAACAAGCUCUCCAGUUUAGCAAAGCUCUUACUCAAUUAGAUACAACAGAACAACAAAUAACAAAUGCUUUAAAAAAUAAUGAAGUAAUGUUAAAAGAAGUACAGGCAACUUUCCUGAAAAACAUUGAAAUGAUUGAAACUAACAUUACUAGUCUAAAUGCCAGAAUACAAGCCUUAAAAUAAUUAAUUCUAAGGAUCGCUAAGUUUCUGACUAGAAUUUUUGUGUAAAUCUUUGGCUUCAGUGCUUUAUAUAAUUUUUAUUUAAUACAUAAACUUGGGCUAAAUAAAUCACAUUCAUACUGUC